AUGAACGGCACCUCUGCUUUAGAUUGUGCAAUCGACUUCUUCCAAUCCUUUGUCUAUGCGAAUCCAAUAGAUGGACUUAAUGAAGUCCAUCGUUCACCAACUUCUGAUUUAGCUAGACUUGAACGUAGCAUGGAAGAUCCUUUCAACCUGGAUCGCACCAGUGCAACUCAAGUCGCACCACCAGAGCUUGUGAUCUAUCAGUCUCAUAAGCAACCCUCAACUCAAGAGGCGCACUUUGAGCUGGUGUCGUAUGAAUCUCACAAGCAAUCCUCAACCCAAGAGGCACGCCUGACGGAAGAAAUGGUCCACCACCUUGCAACAACUUUGAGCACGGAUUACAACCAACUGAGUUUGAACUGA